CAUGCAUCUCUUCCAGAUAUAUGGUGAUGCUGCUUUUGCAACAACAAUAUUAGAAGGAAAAGGUGUUCCAGAUGUGUUUGGAGUUACUUGGGCCUGGGGUGUUGGAGUGAUACUGGGAGUAACUACUGCCGGAGGCAUUUCUGGUGGCCACAUUAAUCCUGGAGUCACUGUUGGUUUCGCCGCCGUAGGUAAACUUCCCUGGAGAAAAGUUCCUCACUAUCUGGCUGGACAACAUCUUGGAGGAUUUUUAGCAUCAGCUGUUUUAUACUUCACUUACUAUGAUGCCUUUAUGCUCUAUGAUCCAACGCGAACUGUUGUUGGAGAAACCAGGACUGCUUGGGUUUUUGCAACAUAUCCAAGGGAUGGAAUCUCUAUAUUUGACUGCUUUUUUGGUGAGUUAGUUGCUGGAGGACUGCUAAUGUUCACUGUCAUGGCAAUUGUAGACUCCAAGAACUUAAACAUUCCUAAAUAUUUAUGGCCAAUAUUCAUUGGUUUUAUGAUUCAAACAACUGCUCAGACGUUUGGGCUGAAUUGCAUGGCUCCAAUCAAUCCAGCUCGUGAUUUUCCAACAAGAGUUUUUACUGCAAUAGCUGGCUGGGGAAAGGAAACAUUCAGCAUAAGAAACUAUGGUUAUUGGUGGAUUGGUUUAUUGGGUCCCCAUAUAGGCUGCAUUAUUGGGGCUUGGUUCUAUUAUUUGGCUAUAGAACUUCACUUUCCGGAAGAAAAACAAAUUACUGAUGAUGUUGAGAUUCAACUUAAUGAAAAAAAUACAGAAAGAGUAAGAUAAUGAAAACAUCCAAGUGUCUUCACGAAAAAGGACAUUUCUUUUCAAAUCUUACGCAUCAUGCAUUGUAUUUCACUUUAUGUACCAUCAAAAUGAUAUCUUGUUUCAAUACAUUAAACAUACUCAAUAAAGAGAACAUUUUAUAUAAUAA